CACCUCUCCUUCUCACUUCCCUGUUCAAUUUUCUGUUGUAGCUCUAUAUUUCUUUAGUAGUUUUGCGAUUAACGUUAACUCGUAAGUUGAUUUAGUAUUACAUAUUUCUUUAGUAGUUUUGCGAUUAACGUUAACUCGCAAGUUGAUGUAGCUCUAUAUUUCUUUAGUAGUUUUGCGAUUAACGUUAACUCGUAAGUUGAUUAAGUAUUACAUAUUUCUUUAGUAGUUUUGUGAUUAACGUUAACUCGUAAGUUGAUUUAGUAUUACAUAUUUCUUUAGUAGUUUUGUGAUUAACGUUAAUUCGUAAGUUGAUUUAGUAUUACUUUGUAUUGUUAAUUUUUAUUUUUGAUUUUUAUGAUAUUAACUUAACUACGGUUUUAUCGCAGAUGGCAUUCCAAAAGUUCACGCUUGGCUUACGGUGGAAUGGUUACACGGAAGAGACCGGAAAGGGUGCCACCUACGUAGGUGGCAAUUUUCAGAAGAUAAAGGUCGCUACCAGACCGCUGCUCGAAGACCUCCAUCAAAUGUGCACUAACGUUACUUGCAUGGAUGGCACGAGAAAAGUUGAUCGUAUGGUGUACCGAUAUCCAAACAGAGAAAGUGGGUCAUUGUGGCAUGAGGAAUAUCUCAUAACCACUCAGGAUGAGGUAGACGUCAUGCUCGAAUUCAUGAGGUCCAACAAUCUUUCCAAAGCCGAGAUGUUCGUUUACACCGAGCCGGUCGUAGGCGUUGGAGGUCAUGCUGGACACGGUCAAACAUCUGGUACCCAUGGUGGAGGUGAAUUAUAUGGCGAUCAUCCCUACCAAAGUUACCAUGAUCCUCAUUCAUAUUUUCAGUACCAAGAGCAAGGUGAAGGUCAUCAUCAAUCAUAUGAAGAAGAAGUUCAACCGGACCGGCCCAACCAACCUCAGUACAACUUCCUCUCAGGCAGCGGUAGUUUUCACAACUACCAUUAUGGAGCUGAUGAAGGUGCCUUUCAUGAGCUGGAUCAGAUGGAGGAUGUCAUGCCAGCACCAGUCAGUGACCCAUCCGACGAAGAAGGAGAGAUCAACGUCAGUGCAGACAGCUCCGACCCUCUUGAAGGUGCCGAUGAUUCCGGACCAGAGUCAGACUCAGCUAAUGAUGAUGAGGGGGCUCGUGACCGUGUACCAGUCCCCUACUACAAUCACAUUCCAGACGACAAUUGGAUGGUCGACAGCGACAUGGAGCCGCCAGAGGUCCCAAUAUGGGGUCCACUCACUGGGUUUAUGAAGGGCCAACAAUUUGGCUCGAAGAAGGAUGUGCGUCACGCCAUUGAGACAGAAGCAAUGACUCGGCAUUUUGAAUGGGUCACAACUCAUUCAAACACUAAAAGGCUCUUAGUCAGAUGCCGUAAUCAUCACGAGGGGUGCAAUGUUAGGAUUCGGGCCAUCAACAGCAAGAGACACGGUUGCUGGGUCAUAUCCCGUGCGGUGAACACACACACAUGUGUGUCAUCCAUAACUUCCCAAGGCCAUCGACAGUUGAAAUCCAGGGUGGUUGCUGCGGCUAUCAAGCAUCUAAUUGAGCAAGAGCCAGACCUAAAGGUGAAAGUCAUAAUCGCUGACAUUGCAAGUCGUUAUGGUUAUAUGAUUAACUAUAAGAAGGCGUGGCAUGGAAAGCAGAAAGCUCUGGCCGCCGUCUUUGGUGAUUGGGAAGAAUCAUAUGCAUUCCUUCCCAGGUUAAUUUUGGCAUUGGAGGCGUCUAACCCUGGCACGGUUUUCUCCCCUCGAUACCAAGAUGAAGAGAUACAACCCCCAGAGCCAGGUAACAAGCGCCAUUUCAGAAGACUUUUCUGGGCAUUCAAGCCAUGUAUUGAUGGUUUUGGCUUCUGUGUCCCUGUCAUCCAAGUGGAUGGAACAUUCCUUACCGGCAAGUACAAGGGCACUCUCCUGAUUGCCAGUGGGGCGGAUGCAAACAGACAAGUCUUUCCUUUAGCCUUCGCCAUCGUCGAGGGAGAGAAUGCUGAUAGCUAUGGAUGGUUCUUUCGGCAAAUUCAGAUCCAUUGUACUAGGAGGACGAACCUUACAAUAAUCUCUGAUCGGCACGCCGGCAUCAUAGCUGCCAUCUUAGGUUUAGAUCCAGCGUGGAAGUGGUCCCAAAGGUGGUGCAUACGACACUUCAAGAGCAACUGGAACCAUCAUUUCAAGCGGAAGAAGCUUGCUGAUAAUUUGUGGUGGAUUGGUCAGUUUGUAAUUAGAUGUAUAAUUUAGUUCCAAUUACAAUAUCUUAGUACUUUUGGCGAUACGUGCUCUGGUUAGACUCUUUCUAAAGUGAUGCAUGCCUAAGGAAAUGGGGGUUUAAGCGAUUAUCAUGAUCCUCCCAUUUCCUGGGAAAAUCGGGUUUUAAGCGAUCUUCGGAUCCCCCCUUUUCUGUCAAACAGGCUGUGUUUCUAAGGGGAUGUAUACCUCUCCUAAGAGUAUAACGAGAGUACUUUCGGG